AUGAACGGCUUGGCUGGCAGCGUGUCGACCGCUGGCCAGUUGUACGUCCGCGCGCUUUACGACUACGAUGCCGACGACCGCACGAGCUUGAGCUUUCACCAGGGCGACAUCAUACAGGUCAUCACGCAGUUGGAGAGUGGAUGGUGGGAUGGGGUGAUUCGCGGUGUGCGAGGGUGGUUCCCCAGCAACUACUGCGCUGUCGUGGCGCCUCCGUAUGAAGAUGGCAUGGGCAAUGGGCUUCGGGCAGGCGAUUCGGAGGCUGAAGAGUCGGAGGAGGAAUACGGCGAGCAGGAGCACACCCACAUGACCAAUGGCACCUCCACUUAUCACGAGAAUGCGGCUACAACCACCCAAGAAGAAGCGGCAUUCUGGAUACCCCAGGCCACACCCGAUGGGAGGCUGUUCUACUUCAAUACGCUCACGGGCGAGAGCACAAUGGAACUCCCUCUCGAAGCACCCACCUCCGCCAACGAGACUGGCCCGCGAGACCGCACCAACAUCUACAUUCCCGAUCAGACCAGACCGCCGGCCGAGUUCAUGGCGGCCGGAUACGAGCGAGAUGAGGACACCGACUAUGCUUCUGCGUCGGAGGCUGAGGACGCGUCCGUGGCACAGGGCUCAAAGGCCUCGAGCCAUCGACGCAGGCGUUCGUAUCUGUCCGACGGUGUGUCACCAGCGACGUCCAUGGAUUCUUUGAGCGCUGCUUCUCCGUUGAGCCGCUCUCGCACCAAUCUUACUGAAGCAAGCAACGUGUCGCUUUCGGCGAUGCAGCAGGGAAUCCCACCCGUUGGUACCACCAUGACCUCGUUCGCUAAUGCGCAGCCCGGCGGAUCGAGCACUUCGUUAAUACCUCGGAGAUUCUUUGACGACGCGCAUGCCGUUCCAUUGACGUGGAAUACUAUGGUCGAAGACAUGCGCCGCGCUGUCCAGAGAUAUCGUGAAGUCAUCAACGCCGGCGAUCGCUCAGAGUUCGUUCGCAAAGCCGAAGACAUUUCAGACCAUUUGCGCUUGUUGCUUGCCGCCGGCUCAGGCACUACCGACAACCACAGCGGAAACCCCUCAAUCAUCUCAACGAACAAGGCUCUCUACCCUCACUUCAGAGAGAUGAUGUCCAGAUUCUCCAAGCUAGUCCUGUCUUCUCACAUCGCCGCAGCGGACUUCCCUGCGCCAGACUCGGCAGCCAAAUGUCUGCAGGAAGCCGAAGGCGUCCUGCAUGGCGUCUAUGGCUUUGUGGAGGUGGCUCGACAACAACGUGGUGAAGAAAUACCAAGGCUGACACCAGGGUUCGUCAAUGGGAGCAAGAAGGCGGGCAACUGGCAAAGCAAUGGCCUCGAUGCCAAAGAUCCGUUGGCGUCAAUGUCAUUCAUGGACGACGAGCACGAAGCCCUCAGCGAGCCGUCGGCGGCGUUGGACCCGGCCCUAUUGCAACGCUUGGAUGACCUGAAGCGACUGAUUGUGUCGAGCAUCCGGCGGCUAGACGAGCACCUGGUGCUCCGCGACAAACUUAUAACGCAUCACAAACAUCGACAGAUCGGUGAUGCAGUCUGCAGAUCUGGCACUCAGGUGAUCGAAGUUUGCCGGCCUUAUCUGUCAACAAUCGAAUCAGUGAAUCUCGCCUCGUUACAGUCCGCAUUGGAAACGCCUCAGCUAAACGACUUCUCCGAACAUAAACAAGAGCUAUACGACUCUACAUCGGACCUCAUCGCAGCAUGCCAAGCAGUUGCAAGCCCCUUGGGUGAUGAAUGGGCUGAGGUUAGAGGCCCUUCACUAGAGGAGCGAUUGAACCGGGUCAAGUCGGUUGGAAGGGAACUUGACACUGCCACCAACCAGAUCUUCUUCUCCCUGCAGCUUCUCUCUGAGUUGAUGCCUCACGACGCAUCAAGUCGUGAUCCACAUCGCUUGACUGACGGCGGAGCGCCGUACGAACAGCACAUGAAGAGCAACUCGAAGACGUUGCGACCUACACUCGCAGAUGUAGGGCACUCGAAGUCAUUCACCGAGGGAACCUCACCGAGUGUCGGCACCCCUAGCCAACCACAGGAAGCUCGCGCAGGGGAGAGCUCAAAGGUGAAGCGCUUCUUUGGGGAAGUACCGGCGCAGACCGUUCCUGGCCGAGAUUCAGAAGAGAUGCCUGACUACCUACGACUUGAUCACGAGGGCGAGAUCGCCUACGACUUCAAGGUUGAACCUCCGCAACUCCGGGGUGGAACUUUGACAGGACUGGUGGAGCAGCUGACCCGGCACGAUCGGUUAGAUUCGCCCUUUAACAACACGUUCUUGCUGACGUAUCGGUCGUUCACCACCGGCCCUGAACUCUUUGAGAUGCUGGUCAAGCGCUGGACAAUACAACCGCCGCCUGGAUUAUCUGGCAACGACCUACAGACGUGGACCGACAAGAAGCAGAAGCCAAUCAGAUUCCGUGUGGUCAACAUCUUGAAGUCGUGGUUUGACAACUACUGGAUGGAGGGCAACGAUGAAGCGAGUCAACAACUUAUGCAGCGCGUGUAUACCUUCGCAAAGGACGCCGUGCAGUCGACAAGCACCCCGGGAGCUGGACCUUUGAUGACAGCGAUCGAGCAAAGAAUGCGCGGCCAAGAUGCUUCGAGUAAGCGACUGGUGCUGACCCUCAAUUCACAAGCACCUCCGCCCAUCAUCCCCAAGAACAUGAAGAAGCUCAAGUUCCUCGAUAUCGACGCUCUUGAGUUCGCUCGCCAACUCACCAUCAUCGAGUCGAAGCUGUAUGGCAAGAUCAGGCCGACCGAAUGCUUGAAUAAGACAUGGCAGAAGAAGUUGGCCAACGGCGAACCUGAUCCAGCUGAGAACGUCAAAGCCCUGAUUCUUCACUCGAAUCAGUUGACGAACUGGGUCGCUCAGAUGAUCUUGACUCAAGCAGACGUCAAAAGGCGUGUUGUGGUCAUCAAGCACUUUGUCUCGAUCGCAGACAAGUGUCGAACCUUGAAUAACUUCUCAUGUUUGACCUCGAUAAUCUCGGCGCUGGGCUCAGCACCUAUCCACAGACUUAACAGGACGUGGGCGCAGGUCAAUGCUCGGACAACACAGACUUUGGAAUCGAUGCGCAAGCUGAUGGGAUCGACAAAGAACUUCUUGGAGUACCGCGAGUCUCUACACAAGGCCAACCCUCCAUGCAUCCCAUUCUUCGGAAUAUACCUGACGGACUUGACGUUCAUCGAAGACGGAAUCCCCAGCAUCAUCAAGAAGACACAAUUAAUCAACUUUGCGAAACGAGCCAAGACAGCAGAAGUGAUUCGCGACAUCCAGCAAUAUCAGAAUGUGCCUUACGGACUGCAACCGGUGCCUGAGCUGCAGGAAUACAUUCUUCGAAAUAUGCAAAGCGCGGGCGAUGUGCAUGAGAUGUACGAGCGAAGUUUGCAAGUUGAACCUCGCGAAAGGGAGGACGAGAAGAUCGCAAGGUUGUUGUCAGAAUCCGGAUUCUUGUAG